UUUGUGUGUGUGUGUGUAGUGAAGCAGGUAGGCAGCUCCUGCUCAGUGCAGCUUGUGUGUGUGUGUCUGAGCUCAUCAGCAGCUGAUCAGGAGGCGGUGGACGCGUUCCCGUGCAGCCCGGCCGGUUCAGGUUGCGCUGCAGGGGUGGGACUUUGCUUGUGCAGACGGCUGAGCUGCAGCAGGGAUGCAUCAGGCAGCAGAAACGAACAUUUGAGUUUAUUGGGGAAGCCCAGCGCCUCCUCUUCCUCUAAUGCGCUGAUAAAGAAGAGCGAACGCUGUUUUUCUACCUCCUCCUCCUACCCCGGGGGGCAAAUAAACUCGAACACCGGCGGAGUCGUUGGAUGGAGAGAGGCGCCUGAAGAAAGGAGAGUGGUGGAGUUGCUCUCCUCCUCCUCCCCUUCCAUUCUACUGCACCAAAAAAAAAAAAAAAACGGGCUGGAUGAGACAUCAUGUCCUCGGCUGAAAGUGAAGAUUUAUCAGGAUACCAUUUGAGUGUGGUGCGCAACCCACCAGGCUGGGAGGUGGGGAUUUACCUGGUGGGCUUCUUUGUGCUGCUUUGUGCAGCAGGACUAAACAUCUGGAAGCUGUGGAAAUCUGGAACCUUCCCAGCCCCUUCACCUUUCCCCAAUUUUGACUACAGAUAUCUGCAAGAAAAAUAUGGAAACUCCUUCUCAGAAGUCAGACAAAAGAGAGUGGCAGCCAACAACCACCGGCGCACCUCCACCACCUCCAGUCGUAAACCCAGCCUGGCCCUUGGCGACACCACCGAUGCAUUCAGGGAGCUGGGCCACCUGGAGCUGAUGAGCAGGGAGCUGGACCCAACAGGCAUGGCUCAGCUCAACCGCUCCAUCUCCACCGACUCACUCAGCUCCAUCUCCUCUAUCGCAAACAACUUCGGCCAUGACUUCACGGUCGGGCAGCUGGAAGUGACCUUGGAGUUCGAUGCGCCUCGGCAGCUGCUUCAUAUCACCCUGCACCAGGGGAAAGACUUGCUGGAGAAGGAGGAAGGGGACUUUCCUGGUUGUUUCAUCAGAGUGUCGUUGGGGCCAGAGGAGCUUAAUGUGGGAGUCACAAGGGUCCAGACGAAUGCUUUCACCGUAAUCUUUGAUGAGCGCUUUUCGGUCCCCAUGGACCCAUCUGCCCUGGACGAGUACAGCCUGCGCUUCGCCGUUUUCGGCAUCGAUGCUGAUGAAAGGAACAUCAGCGCAGGCUUAGCAGAGCUGAAGCUGUCAGAUCUGGACCUGACCAUCAGACCAUUCAACGCCUGGCUCUACCUUCAGGACGUCAAUAAGGCUGUGGAUGCAGUUGGGGAGAUUUUGCUGUCUCUCAGCUAUUUACCAACAGCAGAGCGCCUCACUGUGGUCGUGGCUAAGUGCAAGAAUCUGAUAUGGACCAAUGAAAAGAACACAGCAGAUCCGUUUGUCAAAGUGUAUCUCUUGCAAGAUGGCAGAAAGAUCAGCAAGAAGAAAACCUCCACGAAACGAGAUGAUACAAACCCGAUCUUCAACGAAGCCAUGAUCUUCUCCGUACCGUCUGCUGUCCUGCAGGAGCUCUCCCUGAGAGUCACAGUUGCAGAGGCCACAGAUGACGGGCGGGGAGAGAACCUGGGUCACGUGAUCAUCGGCCCCGAGGCCAGCGGCAUGGGCAUCACCCACUGGAACCAGAUGCUGGCCACGCUGAGGAAGCCCGUGUCCAUGUGGCACCCAAUACGCAGGAUCUAGCCCCUUCUGGCACUCCCUUACCUUUGCCAGAUUAAAACCUCCUCAUGUUCUUUUGGACUCUUGUUUGGUGCCGUGUUAGGAUCUGUUACAAUGUUAUAGUUAGAAUUUAGAUCGUGAGCGAUUUUAUUGGUACAACACUGGAAUUAAAACCACAUCUUCAUGUAUUAGGGCUGAGUCAGAAAAACAAACAAGAUUUAAUAUUAAUUUAUAUAUGUCUUUUGAUUAAUUACUGGCUUCUAUUCUGUGAUAAUCAAUGAGCUUUAUCCUAAGUUGGGUUCUGCUUCUUUGACUUACAUGUGAAUCAGUUUUAAACCCAAUAUUUUCUCUAUUAAUUGCAGGAGACAUGAAUGUGUAAACCUUUUUUCUCCCUCCCACAACUCUGGAAUGAAAGUUUUAGUUUACAGUUUGGGUUCAGGUUUUGGGUCAGAAUAUUCCCUGUACUUGCAUGGUGCCUACUCUGGUCGUAGCCUCUCAUAGCUGUGUUGAAAAUGAUCGAUGGGAUGGAGGACUGAUGUCGCUCCUCUUUCAGGAAAAACAAUCGUUUGUCAUUGAUUGCGCCUUAUUGGUUUAUUAUCUUGUGAAUUUUGAGCUGUAUUAAAAUUGCUUCUGUAUCUUGUUAAGUGAGAGACUGAUAAAGGUUUUUUAGUAUUUAUUGAACAUUCAAAAAUAUCCAGGUACUUUUAUCCAGGUGAAAUAAUUGUAAUCUGUAGCAGUUGUUUCAGGGUGGCCAAAUCUUAAUGUCAUUUUAUUUUUAAUGCAAUAAGCAAAUUUAAAAGAUGUGCGCCAUAAUUCUCUUCUCAUUUCCAUUUUUUUUCCAAAAUUCUGUAUACAAAUCAUGUUUCUCCUACAUUGACACACACUAAACCCAUACGAGUUUUAACACAAAUGUCAUUACUGACCAGUUAACUAUAGUCAAAACACCUCUGGGAGUUUAACUUGUGAUGUAAAACAUGCUAGCCCCUUUGUAAUUAAUUUUAAGUUAAUUUUGUGUAAGCAAAAACACCUCGACGUUCUACUUUUAAUGUUCUGCUCUUGUCAAACACAGUUCAGAAAAAUGAGAACAGUGUGACAAGAGGCUCACAAAGCUCAGAAUGUCAAGGUGGCUUUUUAUCUGUCUGAAAUAUUCUCUAGGAAAUUGUGCAGUUGUAUUUUGUUGUAACUUUUAAAUAUGUGAAGAAUUAACCCUUGAAGCAUAAUUAGCCUGAGGCAUUGCUUUGUAUUUUUGUUUUGUUUUUGUAUUUUCGGUCCAGCAGAACGGCAUGUCACUCCUCACUUUGCAAAUCUUUCCAAAAAUAACACACUAAUGGUAAUAGAUAAAAACAAUGCAUUUCCUCUGUGCCAAAUAAUGAAGCAAUACUGUCAUUCAUUGUCACAAUUUGCAUUUAACAAAGCUGUAGCCUACAUUCGGCCAUGCAUGAUGUUCCUUGGCACUUGGUGUGAAUGUGCCUCAAGAAUACAGCGUAUAGCGUGAAUGCUGUUUCAAAUAAAAAGCUAACCAAUAAGACUGAA